AUGAAGAGUCUGACAGUCCUUUCUGAAAAGACAGCUUCGUUGGUUAAUUCUACUGAUCAGCAGCUGGAAUUUGACACUUUGAAUCCAUCUUCUUACUUGGGAUUAGGCAUUGCAGUGGAUUCUGACUCGCAUCAUGUUUAUGUUGCUCUACAUUCUGCUGCUGACUCUACCCAACCGAAUGCCACAAUCGCUAUUUAUAGAAUCAGCGAGCAUGAGAAUGCACCGUUUGAUAUAGCAAGAAUAAACUUGGACAGCGACACUGCGUUGUUGCACAACCCAACUAUUGCUGGAAUGCAGUAUCUCGCAGACUCUUGUUCUCUCUGUAUUGCCCUUCAUUCUGGCGAUAUCUUUCUCGCUCGCUUCGAUCAUUCACAGAAUAAUACUCUUUCUCCUACGGUCGAGUGUGUUGGCAUUAUCGAUAGUGGAAUCAAAACUAUGUCUUGGAGUCCGGAUCUUGAAUUGGUCCUGUUCGUCACUGGAUCUGGAACUAUUCUGGAAAUGACGCAGGAAUUUGAAAUGAUUUCCGAGGCUCCCAUUCAUGUGGACAGUCACGGUGAAGUCAUUCAUCUAAAUCGGAUUUUUGUAGCUAUUCCCGUGUCGGUUGGAUGGGGUAAAAAGGAAACGCAGUUUCAUGGUAAAGCAGGAAAACAAGCUGCAGUCGAGAGCACGCUACCAGUUACAGAUGCUAUUCAUAUCUCGCCUGACGAUACUAUGGCUCCAUCACUCACAUGGCGUGGAGAUGGCAACUUUUUUGCUUGCUCCUCCGUCAACGAAUCUAAACAGAUGCGAACUAUUUGCAUCUACGAUCGUGAAGGUGUCCUUCAAAGCACCAGCGAAUAUGUGGCUCAAUUAGAGCAUCCCUUGUGCUGGCGUCCAUCUGGAAAUCUUAUUGCUGCAUCACAGCGUCUUCCUCAUCGUCAUGACAUUGUGUUUUUUGAAAAAAAUGGAUUGAGGCAUGGAGAAUUUACUUUGCGUAAUGCUCAGGACAUUGUGCUGGAUCUUCAAUGGAAUUCUGAUUCAACCGUAUUGGCGAUUUGUGUUGAGCAAGUCGUGGAUGAACAUCGAGUCACUGUUGUACAACUGUGGGUUUGUAACAAUUAUUACUGGUACUUGAAGCAAGAGAUUUUCCCUACAUCUACACAUGCAUCAUUUGUGUCGAUCCUAUGGGAUCCUGAAAUCUCUACCAAACUACAUGUUUUAUGUGCCAAUGGAGAUUAUCGCCGUUUUCAGUUUUCGUCAGAUGUACUAACUAGCUCGUCAUUGUCGCCUGAAAACGAAGCUGUGGUGGCAGUAAUCGAUGGUGCAAACGUGCUACUGACUCCCUUUAGAUCUAAAAAUGUUCCGCCGCCAAUGAGCUAUUCCAAAGUAGUUCUUCCGUGUUCAGCAAAACACAUUUCAUUUUCUCCAUCCGUCCCAGUAAACCGCAUGAGUGUUUUGUUGGCCAACAAUACCAUUCAGUUUUGGGAUAACAUACAUCAAGAUACCGCAUCUCUUGAAAUGAUUGGACAAUUGGUUUUGUCCAAAUGUGAGCACCAAAUUCGACAGAUUUCAUGGGUUGAAUCUAAUGUCUUGGUGGCUCUUGCUUACGAUACAUCACUACACACUGAUCGUGUCAUUGCAUAUACAUUUGAUCAUUCAACCACCAAUUUUACUGUGAUUGACACCAAGGAGAUUUCAUAUCAAAAACAGUACAUGGAGGUCCUUCGAUUGUACAAUAGCAUUUCUGACAAGGUUCUUGCGCUUCAGUUACUUUCUGGCACUAUCCUCCAAAUUAAAAAAAUUGGCGACUCAUGGUGUGCAGUUGAUGUGCUUACAUUUCCGUCAGUAUGCACAUGGAUGGCAUGUGUCUGUUUAGGAGAGAGCAAAGACACAAAGGAAAUGGCAUGGAUAGGUCUUAGUGAACGAAACAAGCUAUUUCUCAAUGAUCAGAUCCUUAGCGUAGACUGCACAUCUUUUUUGAUCCACAAAGAAUUCCUCAUCAUCACAACAUUGACACAUACGGCUCGGUUUUUAUCUCUUUCUCUCCCUCUUUACGAAUUCAAGUUUGAUGAACACACACACAAUACAGUGUUUAAUGAACUUCAUCGUCGCGUUGAACGUGGAUCACAUAUUAUUGUGGCCGAUGUAUCUGAUGUGAAGCUCGUGAUGCAGAUGCCAAGAGGAAAUCUUGAAUCGGUGUUUCCUCGUGCACUUGUUCUUUCUACAAUCCGCCAUGCCAUUGAUCGAUUGGAUUACAAAACAGCGUUUAUUGCUUGUCGAAAGCAUCGUAUCGACAUGAAUUUUAUCUUGGAUCACGCUCCCGAUGCUUUUUGGCUACAUAUUGAAGACUUUGUUCGUCAAGUUGACGAUAUAGAUCAUCUAAAUCUGUUUAUUUCUAGUAUGCGAAAUGAGGAUGUGACAAAGACCAUGUAUUCAGCAAAAAAAACUAUGGUGGAUGUGGAUGUAAAGGACAAGGUGAACAUGGUCUGCCAACGCAUGAAGGCUGUAAUGGAUACUAUUGAUGCUACCAAAUACAUUCAGCCCAUUCUUACAUGCGCGGCAUGUCAUCAACCACCCGACAUAGAAUCAGCCAUGCGACGCAUUUACACUUUGAAAACUACACACUCACUCUCAGCGGCCGAAACGGCUUUGAUGUAUCUGAUUUUUCUUGUAGAUGUUGAUAAAUUAUAUGACGUUGCUUUGGGAAUGUACGAUUUUGGACUCGUGUUGAUGGUUGCUCAGCACUCACAAAAGGAUCCACGAGAAUAUUUGCCGUUUUUAAAGGGAUUGCAGGUUUUGCCCAUGUAUUAUCAAAGGUUUUCCAUUGAUGAUCAUUUGGCAAAACACGCUUCUGCUAUUCGAAAUUUGAGUCAAGCAGGCGAUGAGCAUUUUGAAGAAUUAAUUGCUUAUUUGAAACGGCACAAGCUUUACCAAAUCAGCAUCACACUUUACCCAAAAGACUCGGCAAAGCACAAGACAAUGCUACUUGAGUUUGCUGAAUUUCACUCAAACAAUGGCCAGUUUGAUGAAGCUGCAAUGCUCUAUGACAUGGCUGGCGCGUACCCACAGGCUCUUGAGGCAUACACUAAUGCUGGUCAAUGGCAAGAAGCCUAUACUAUUGCAAUCAACACUUCAAUUUCCGAGUUUGAGCUUACUCAAAUGGCAGAAACUUUGAUUGAGAUUCUGACAGAACGACGCGAGUUUCAAUCUGUGGCACGGAUAUGCUUGGAUAUUCUUAAUGACUGCCAACGAGCAGUUGAGGCUCUUGUUGCUGGGUUUUUUUGGAAGGAUGCGAUAUUGGUUUUAACAGUACACAAACAGCCAUCACUAAAAGAGUCGAUGGUUUAUCCAUCAGUUAUCAAAGCCUACGAUCACACUUUGAUGGAAGUCGAGGAGAUGACUGUGACGUUUGAUAAGCAACGGAGUCGACUAGCUCAAGUAAGGCGGGAAAAACAACGACAACAAGCAUCUGCUGCCGCUGGAGGAGAGCCAACUGAUGACCGAUUGGAUGAUAUUGACAUGUUUUCAGAUACAUCUUCCAUGGCUACAACAAGAAUUUCUGGGAGUGUAACCAACAGUCGCGCAUCAAUGAUGUCCAGCCGUACUGGUCGUACCAGUAAGCAACGACGUAAGAUGGCACGCAGAAGAGCAGCAGGCAAAGAGCCAGCAUUUGAAGACGAAUUUCUGAUUGCUUCCCUGUGUAAAAUCGUCAAGCGCUCCACAGUACUUUCCCAAGACAUCUCUUUGCUCAUCCGUGCGCUUGGAUCUUUUAACGAAAUGGAUCGUGCUAGCAAAGUGCAGGGCUAUUUCAAUGAGCUUUUAAACGUAAUUAAGCGGGGGUACAAGGAAAUUUUCAUUGUCGAAGAAGCACAACAAACAAAAGAUGAGAAACCUGCAGUCGUUGUUUUUGGUGGAAAAGACAAAAGCGAUGCAGUAGACCGUGAUGUUAUUUUGCCCGUCCCAAUUGUGAUUGAGAAACCACCCAUGGUAUCUGAUAAAUGGUGGACAGACUCAUUCAGCAUGGAUACAAUUGCAAAAUCUUUAUAG